GCCUAGCAAAAAUGACGUUGAUGAGCGUUCUGGCUAAUGCACUCCGCACAAUUGCGAGCGCGGAGCGCCGUGGCAAACGCCAGGUCCUCAUUCGCCCCUCCUCCAAGGUGGUCAUCAAGUUUUUGCAGGUGAUGCAGAAGCAUGGCUACAUUGGGGAGUUUGAGCUCAUCGAUGAUCACCGCUCCGGAAAGAUUGUUGUAAACCUCAACGGCCGCCUGAAUAAGUGUGGUGCUAUUUGCCCACGCUUUGACUGCAAUGCUAAGGAGUAUGAGCGGUGGGUGAAGUUCAUCCUGCCCUCUCGUCAGUUUGGCUUUUUGGUUUUGACCACGUCUCUCGGCAUCAUGGAUCACGAGGAAGCCCGUUCCCGCAAUACUGGUGGUAAGGUGCUCGGCUUCUUCUACUAAAAGAGAUCGGGAAGUAGUUGGUAGAUUAUGUCAGAGAGCUGAGGACAAGAGAAGGUAGUGUUGAUCUUGCUUCUUUUGCUGGGUAAGCCUUAUUUACGUGCUUGCAUUUGGAACGGGCUUUUAGGGGCUGAGUUUCAUUUCUGUUGGUGCUCCGAAUUUUUCCUUUCCUUGUGUUUCUUGAGGCGGUUUUCAUGUACUUUGUCUUAUUGCUGGUUUCAUUCCUUUAACCCCUCUUUCUCGCUUCUUGCCUUUGAGUUCACUUUUGUGUAUCAAAGUACGACGUGUUGAUUAUCGUCAACCAAUUUCCUUCUACUAUUAGUCAAGACAAAUCAUAUCCAUGUUUUAAACAUAUCAAGCAUAUUUCGAACUAAACAAUCUCCUCUCAAGCAGUUUUUUUUUGGCCAACUCGAUCGCAUAGCGUACUCAAUUAGUUGUAGCUGGUGGGUGAAUAAACAGAACGCUUUGGCAAAAUUACGUAUUGCUGGAAAUGUGAACUUCAGUUAGAGUGGUUGCUGCACUGCUGUAUGCUGGGAGCACAGGAACAGAUGAUUUGCAUUGUGUACUUCAUUGCUUCCUAAGAAGGAUCAUCCCUUCGAGAAGCAAUUAGUGACAAGCAUCCCCAUUAAGUGCACCUAAGUUAUAACCCCUUGUGAAGCUUUCUUCUUGAUAUGGAUCUUUUCUAAUUUCAAAUCCAACUUUUGUUGACUGUGCUGAUCGCCUGAUUUGUUACGUUAUUCAUUUCCAUAUUUACUGCUAUGUGACUUUUAUACUGCCGCCAGGUUUUAUGAUAA